AUGUUAAAGUUACAUAUUUUACUAGCUGUUUUAGCGGUGACGCAAGCAGCGACCAUCUCAAUGACGGAGGGAGAUGAUGGAUUGCCAGUUGAGACUCUGCCAAACGAAGGCAGUAUUGAAACGCCAGAUGUUAUUGAUUCCGAUGAUGGUGCGGAUCAUACCACUCCAACUGACGACGAUGGAGAUGAUGCCACUCCAACUGGUGGUGAUGACGUGACCGAUGAUCGUGAACUUGAUACUGCUGUUAGUUGUGAAAUUGCAUUUUCUGAAGGUCCUUACACCACUACCAUCCUGUUUGACCAUUGUCCAGACGAAGAAACACUUACUACCCCACCUGGUUGGCCAGCAAAGCCAUAUGAAGCUUGUACUAUUUACAACGGAUACCAAUACUGUGCUGAUGGUAAUUGUGAAUACAACAGUACUGACUACUAUGGGCUUGCUUACUGGUGGACUACGUGCUCGACCGAUGGCUGUACAUUCAAGACUGAAGGUCCUUCCAUUGGUUACGAUUGUGCUACGACUUCUACACUUAAGAAUGGGUGCUUAAAAAUUGAAAGAAAAGACUGGGAUGUAACUUCCACAACCAUUAGUUGUCCUGCACCAACCGAGUGUAAUACCACGGUUUACGAAUUCGAGAAUACUCCACACACCUUGACUACUUGUCCUCCAAAUGUUGAUGUACCAGAAAACUGUACUAUGGAAGAAACCACGAUUGGUACUAAGACAUUUACUGCACUUGACUGUCUGGUCGAAGUUCCAAAUAUAGAAAUUCCACUGCCACCAAUUGUUUGUGAAUUAACUUCAUCAAUUUCGAAAACAGCUACAUACACUUAUGUCACGUGUGAGUAUGUGCCAGAUAAUUGCUCGACGACAUACACCACAAACACGAAGAAUAGUACCAUAACAUUAUUGGUAUGUCCAACCACAUCAAUUGAGCUUCUUCCACCAGGAGUUAGCACCACGACUAUCUGUCCAUACGACUCAUGCCGUAAAGGACCAGUUGGAGGUACUGGAGGCGGAGGUGGAUCAGGUGGAGGAUCCGGAGGUGGAUCUGGAGGUGGAUCUGGAGGUGGUUAUGGUGGUGGUUAUGGUGGUGGUUAUGGUGGUGGUUAUGGUGGUGGUUAUGGUGGUGGUUAUGGUGGUGGUUAUGGCGGUGGCUACGGUGGUGGUUAUGGCGGUGGUUAUGGCGGUGGCUAUGGUGGCGGAUCCGGAGGUGGCUAUUGUGAUGGCUAUGGAGGUGGAUCAGGAGGUGGAUCUGGCGGUGGCUACGGUGGUGGCUACGGUGGUGGCUACGGUGGUGGCUACGGUGGCGGUUACGGUGGCGGUUACGGAGGUGGAUAUGGUGGAGGCUAUGGUGGAGGUGGCGGUGGUGGUAAUCAACCUACUGUUUACAAAACCAAAACUUCUACUGUUGUUGAAGUUGACACCGAAACUUGCUAUGUCUAUGAAUCAGUUAUUACAUUCCCCGAUUCUACUAUUGUAACAAAUUAUACUAUUACCAUUGGACCAAGUGAUAGUCGUGAUCUUUCAGAUAUUCUUGAUGACUCUACCAUUGAAGAUGAAACAGCUACUGAAUCGGGUGAUGAUGAAUCUGUCACUGAUACCGAUGACGAAACAGCUACCGAAUCAGGUGAAGAGGAGACCAGUACUGAUACAGAUGACGAAACUGCUACAGGUACCGAUGAUGAAACUGCCACUGAUACAGAUGAUGAAACUGCCACUGAUACAGAUGAUGAAACUGCUACUGACACGGCUGAUGAAACUGCUACAGAUACCGGUGAUGAAACUGCUACAGACACGGGUGAAAACGAAGUGACACCUACUGUUACAGAUGAGGAAGGUGAAGAGCCAACUGUUACAGAUGGAGGUGACACCGGAGAACAGCCAACUGAUGGAGGUGAUACUGGUGAACAGCCAACUGAUGGAGGUGAUACUGGUGAACAACCCGCUGAUGGAGGUGAUACUGGAGAGCAACCCGCUGAUGGAGGUGAACAACCAGCAGAAGGCGGUGACACUGGAGAAGGAGGCGAUACCGCUCCACAAUAG